ACAGAGAUGGAGAAAGCAAUGAAAACGCCGUUCCGUUUUAAUGGCUGCCGCGAGAAGGUGUAGAAUGAAAAACGGUGAAAUUUUACAGAAAUUGUGCUAGAAAAAUGUGCUAGUGGAGGAAAGGUGGAAGAAAAACUGUCCCACUAAUCGCUACGCACCGUGUACGAGUGUUUUCCCAACUGCGCCCGCUGUGGUAAAGCAGCAAACAUAAGCGCUACGCGGAGUAAAACAAUCGAAGAUGGGUGUCCUUUGAGUGGCGGUUAGUGCACUCGACUUCCAAUCGAAGUAUCAAUUCCCUCGAUCGUCAGUCCACGUACGAUCAUGGAUCCGAACGAUAAUCACCAUCCGCAGCCGGUAGCACCGGCAGACGGACCGGGUGGUCGUGGUGGGCCGCAUACGACAGCAGGAUCAUCUAGUGGCACGGGAGCGUCCGGAUCAGCUGCAGCAGCAGCAGCAGCCGCAGCAGCAGCAGCAGCCGCUGUCUAUCACCAUCCGCAAUACCCACAAACCCCUCCGCAUCAUCUGUCGUCGGGUUAUGCUGCUGCAAUGAUGGACCAUCAUCAUCAUCAUCAGAUGAAGGAUCCUUACUACCAUCAUCAUCAUCAUGGCCGACACUACACAGAUCCGUAUGCCGCCGCGAUGCACCAUGGUGCUGCAUAUCAUGCGCCACCCCACGGUCCACCGCCUCCUCCACCGUCGGCUUUAGGUUCCAUGCAUUCGCAGCAUUCCUAUCCGCAUCACCACCAUCAUCCGCAUCAGAAUCCUUACGGGCAUUCGUAUCACCACCAGCCAUCAGGGAGCUAUCCCGGAUCGCAAGCAUCGGCCGGUAUGCAUCAUCAUGGUCAUCCUAUCCAUCAUCCGGGCCAUUCCUCAUCGAUAGGACACUACGGAAAUAGUCAAGCGCAACAGUAUCCAGGCUACGGGCAGCUAACCGGAGCAGCGACCGAUCAGCUAGUAGCCCCAGGCGGACACUAUACAGUAUCUUCCACGGCUUCACACCAUCACAAUGCGCCUCUGGGUGGAGUUGCGUAUCGGGAUGAAAAGGAUAUGCACAGUAGUGGGCAGCAAGAUCACAGUGGGAUGGGGCCGAGUGUGUCCGGAAAUGAUGCUCCGGGUAUGGGAGGUCCAGCAAAUCCCGCAUCGGCGGUUAUACCUGCUACAGGCGGUGGUUCUGGGAGUAGUACAGCAACUAGUGGCAAACGAAAGAUUGAAAUCCUCGAUAACAUAUUGAUAAAGAAAUCGAAAAACACACCAUCCGAUACCGGAAUGCCGAGCAUGAGCUACAUGCACAUUACUAAUCACAGUAACGUGUACGGUCAACCCCCGGAUCCGGCGCUUGGUGGCACGAUGGCGACAGGAGACAGCACAAAAUCGUCCUUCCAAAUGUCGAAUAUACUGGACGAUAAAAAUGCAACCAAACAGUCAGCGCAUGGACCUUAUCCGGCAUCCGAAGGAGCUCACACGGUAACAACGGCCCAUCACCAUAUGCACCCGGUCGCCGGGCAUGGUGAGCGUGAAAAGAAAGGCAAUGAACAAGCCCACUAUCACCAUCAUGGCAAUACUGGCGGUAGUUCGAGCAGAAAAUCAUCCAAGGCAUCGAAAGGUGGCGAUUCUUCUAAAAACGAUCGUAGCGGAUCUUCUUCGACAACUGCCUCGUCGAGUGCAGGAAUCGUGUCAGAAGCAGCUACCGAGCAGCAUCAAACACCCGCCGCCACACAGCACAUGGAUUUCGAUAUCUCCGAGAAGUUGAAAGAGAUGGGAGAGAUCAGCGUAAAGCCGGUGUCGAAAAAUGAUGCUAGUGCCAAAUCUCGUACCAGUGAGCUGGAGUGCAACGAAGAAAUUUCGCUGGAAAUCACAAAGAAAGAUGCCGCAAUGCGAAAGGUGACCAAUUUGCGCAAAAACAUCAAGGAGGUGAUGGACGAUAAUCAGCUGGAUGCAUCGACGCUGGCCGCCCAGCGUCAGGAGUUGGAGCGAUUGGCCCGCGUGCAGGAACAGCAACGAAUAAUACGCGAAGUUCAGCGUCAGCUAGCGCUGGAACGUCAGACGAACAAAACGGAGCAGAAGGUGAUGCAGUUUUUGCAAGGACAUGCGUCGAUACUGAAAUCACAGCAACCUAGCACGUCCAGUACGGCGGCGAGCGGUUCCAGUAGUGGGAUUGCCUCAACGACUCCGAUACGUGUUGGUUAUACAAAGAAUCCGUUCGAAACGCGAGGUCGACCGCCAAAGAAUCGUCAGCUGAUCCUUUCUACUGCUACUACAACGCUACUGACAGCGACCACUUCGUCCUCAACGACGACAACUGCGACGACCAAUUUGACUCCUUCUGUUAGCAUUGCUCCGGUGAAAGCUUCUUCGCUUGUGGCCUCGAAUAGUGGUUCCUCCUCGACCAUCCCGGUUCCCGCAUCGUCUCCUACGAUUAUUCCGGUGCGUACGUUCGAAGAGAUGGUAGACUCGGAGGAAGAGCUAGAACCGGAAGAUGAACCCGAGGACGAAGAUGAAGACAGCGAUGGCGAAGUGAUUGCGUUGCCCGAGAAGAAAGAAGUAGUGACAAUCGACAGUUCGUCGGACGACGAUUGUAUCGUGCUGUCGGAUGAUGAUGAAGAACCUGAGGACGAAUCGGACGAUGAUCCACAAAACAGUGGACUGCACGUGAACGAUGCGUACAAUGUGCCGGAUGAUCAAGGCCGUGUCGUGAUCAACGUUGGGCACGCUGACGGCGAGGAGGACAUAUUCCUAGCGCCACAGAUCGCACGCAUCAUCAAACCGCACCAAAUCGGUGGCGUACGGUUUCUGUUCGAUAACAUCAUCGAAUCGAUCGAGCGGUACGAUUCGUCGACCGGAUUUGGUUGUAUUUUGGCACACUCGAUGGGGCUCGGUAAAACGCUACAGUUAGUUUGCUUCUGUGAUAUAUUUUUAAGGCACACCAGCUCGAAAACGGUCCUGAUCAUUAUGCCCAUCAACACGUUGCAGAAUUGGCUGAACGAGUUUAACACCUGGCUGCCGGAGGACGCGAACCACAGUCCGCUCCGGAACCAUGGCGAAGUGCGGGCGCGCAACUUCCGGAUACACAUCCUCAACGACAGCCACAAGACACUGAAAUCGCGAUCGAAAGUCGUGCUGGAAUGGGCUAGAAACGGAGGUGUACUGUUGAUCGGUUACGAGAUGUAUCGACUACUAAGCCAGAAGAAGAUGACCAAGAAGAAGAAAAAGAAAAAGGGAGCCCUGAUGGAGCUGGAGGAGGAGAAAGAAUCGACCGAGGAGCAGCGCAACAUGUUCGACGACAUACAUGAAGCGCUGGUAAAGCCGGGCCCGGAUCUGGUCGUGUGUGAUGAGGGUCAUCGGAUCAAGAAUUCACAUGCGAGCAUUUCGGUUGCGCUAAAGCAGAUUAAAUCCAAGCGUCGGGUAGUGCUGACGGGCUAUCCCCUACAGAAUAAUCUGCUCGAGUAUUGGUGUAUGGUGGACUUUGUGCGGCCGAACUAUCUGGGCACGAAGACAGAGUUUAGCAACAUGUUUGAGCGUCCGAUACAAAACGGGCAGUGCAUUGACUCGACGCCGCAGGACAUUAAGCUGAUGCGCUAUCGGGCACACGUACUGCACUCGCUGUUGCUAGGUUUCGUCCAGCGACGGUCCCAUUCGGUGCUGCAAACUUCGCUUCCACAGAAGGAAGAGUAUGUGCUGCUUAUACGUAUGACCGAGUUCCAGCGCAAGCUGUACAGCGUGUUCAUGAACGAGGUCGUACGGACGAAAGCCGUUCCAAAUCCGUUGAAGGCUUUUGCCGUCUGUUGCAAGAUCUGGAACCACCCGGAUGUGUUGUACAACUUCUUGAAGCAGAGCGAACGGGAUCUAGACCUAGAGCUAGAAGAACCGGAACCGCCGCCAGUACCGGGAGCUGCCAAACCGGGUGAAAUACCACCUUCCACAGGUAUCACGCCAGCCACGUCGGGUACAGCGACUCCAAUGGAGGUUGAUACGGCUGGCAUCACCAACACGAUGGAAGUCCCACCAAUACCUUCCACCGUACCAGCAUGUGCUACUGUCAAAGGAGGUCGCAAAAAUGCAGCCGUCCCUAAACCAGCCAAACCGCUGGCACUGAAAAAGGACGGUACCCCACGAAAACCACGCACAUCUAAAAAAGCGGCUUUAAACAACAAGUCACAAGCUGUUGGGAAGGAUGGCAAGAUUGUACCGGCAGCCACUAUUAGUCCUAGUAAUGUAAAUAAGGACCCGAACUCGAUGAUGAUGGAUACGAGUUCUGCUCCACCGCCGGCUUCUUCAGCUACAUUUCCGAAGAUGGAAGGUGUUACUAAUGACUUUCCGAAUGAUGAAAGCGUGGUCAAGCAGGAAACUGGUGCCCACAUGUAUCCGCAGUCAGUAGAUGGAUCACAAUACCAGGCAGCAUACCCUUAUCAGCCCUAUCCUGGAUCCGGUCCUAUGCCAUCGGGUCAAACCUAUGGAAAUUACAACCAGGAUAUGAACAGCAUGAUGGGAUCGGAUCAAUCUAAUGCGUAUGGCAAUACAUACGAUAAUGGCGGUGCUAAUGGACAGUACGGUAACAACAAUAACCCGGGCGGCCCAGGAACUACCGAUCCGUACAAUAACAGCUACGGAAAUACUUACUACAGGAAUGAUUAUAACUCUUCCUAUAGUCAAUCUUCUGGCUAUGGCGCUGGUGGUCAUGAGUCAACCGGAACUACAGGAUACGAAUCAAAUCAGUAUCCUUAUGGUGGAAAUGCCGUCGAAGGAACUGCUCCCAACUCUCAGUAUUCCAACAAUUCGGGAGCACAAAAUCCUCAGCCGAACAAUUACUGGAGCGAUAGCACUAACGUAAAUGGUAACAAUAGUUACUAUGAUGCUCAACAACAACAACAACCGCAGCUGCAACAGACUCCCGUCACCACUAAUGACGCUAAUGGAGAUACAGAAUCAGCUUAUCCUGCGUAUAGUACAGGGUAUGGUGCAUCGAACGGUGGUACUCAACCGCAACUAACUGCUGAUCAGAGGGAUACCUCUGGUAUGUAUACUUAUCCGACCGCAGAACAGCAAACUUCGUCUGCAGCGACCGGUGCUCAAACGCAGCCACCAACUACUCCCUAUGAAGAUUAUAAUUCCUCUGCAACUCUGCCUGUCAAUGGACUGCCCAAGUGGAAUGGAGAACAGUCAAGCAAUGGUAAUCAUACUUCUGGAGGAGAGUCUGAACUACCUUCAAGUCAAGACACGGAUACUACUGCUGCCAGUAGCCAAGAAAUUGUUCCCGUACCAGUAACUACUGUAGACAAACCUCCAACUGCAACCGAAUCUACGUUAGAGGGCUCUGUUGAGGGUAAUCCAGAUGCUACUUCAACCAUAACACAGGAGCAAGCAAAUGCUCAGUACGCGAAUCAACCAUCGCUGGAAGAUCUCAAAGACCCCGUGAAACCCGAUCUAACCGCCGAAAAGCCAACUGAAAUAGUCGAUAUGGUUACGAAAGAGAAUGUUGUAGAACAUGAGAUUAAGCAGGAGAUUAAGGAAGAGACGAGUACCGAUGGCGAAAUUAAAGAGAAUAAGCAUGAAACCGUUCAGAUAAAGUUGGAAGAGCAAAAUGAACAGAUGAUCCUGAAGACCGAAGUUAAAAUUGAAGAAAAUGGAGAUAAACUACCGAGUGAUGAGUGUGGAGAGGUGUCGGAAAAACCUGUUUCCGAUAACUUGGAGGAGGAAAAAUCCCACGAAUUAUACGAAGACGUAAAGCCCAUCAAGAAGGAGGAAGUGUCAGAAGAGGUUGAAAUUAAGCAAGAGGUGAAAGAACAGGCGUCCACUGACUCGGCGAUUACUGCAAUUUCGGACGAGAAGAAGGCUGAACAGGACAGCAAACCUAUCGAACCUGAGUUAGAAAAGAACGACGACGAUAAAACUCUGGUGCAAACUGUUGUUCAAGAGGGCGAAAACGAAUUGGCGGAAGAUGUGACACUUGUAAAAACAGAAAAUGACCAGGAAAAGUCGAACGAUGGCACGGCAACUCUGGAAGAAGGUGAAGUGAUUAUGAAAGAAGAAGAAAAAGAAUCUCCGACUGAUGAUAAAGAUAGUGUAACCACUACCACUGCAACCAUGUCCACCACAACAACUACGACGACGACGGCAGUAAGCUCUACUACGACCACGACAACAACGACGACUACUACUACUGCAAGCGGUACAAAGGAAGGUAAAGGCAAGGAUGCCAAGGACGAAAUACCGUACGAAUGGGCGUUCGAACUGAUGAAGGGCUACAUGCCGGACUUGUUGGAAAAUUCGCCCAAAAUGGAGAUAUUCUUUUGCAUACUGGAGGAAAGCAUUCGACUAGGUGAUCGGUUGCUCGUGUUCAGCCAAAGUUUGCUGACGUUGAAUCUGAUCGAACGAUUUCUGCAGCGCAACAAGAUUCCUGGCACGGAGAACUAUUGGUCAAAAAAUAGUAACUACUUUCGACUGGAUGGUUCUACGGUGGCUCAGGAACGCGAAAAGCUGAUCAACGAAUUCAACUCCAACCCGAACGUGCAUCUGUUCCUUGUGUCGACACGCGCUGGUUCGCUCGGCAUUAAUUUGGUCGGUGCUAAUCGAGUGGUGGUGUUUGACGCCAGCUGGAACCCUUGCCACGACACCCAAGCAGUUUGCCGUGUUUAUCGCUACGGCCAGAAAAAGCCAUGCUUUGUGUAUCGGUUGGUGAUGGAUAACUGUCUCGAGAAGAAGAUUUACGAUAGACAGAUCAACAAGCAAGGCAUGUCGGAUCGGAUUGUGGACGAGUGCAAUCCGGACGCACAUCUUUCGAUGAAGGAAAUUACCAGCCUCUGUUACGAUGAUGGUGAGGAUGGUGAAAUGAAGGAUUUUAGCGAGGAAAAGGACAGAUUCAUCGACAUCGUGAUGCAACAUCUGUUGGAGUCACACUCAAAAAAGCUGACUAAAGCACCGUUUGCGCACGAAAGCUUACUGAUCGAUCGGAAGGAGAAAAAGCUGUCGUCGGCAGAAAAGCGGCAGGCCCAGCGAGGAUACGAGCUGGAAAAGCAGGCAGCAACCAAACCGCAAUACUCGUACACGUCUAUGGGUACUACUUAUCGGGCAAUACGUACAUCUGAUGGGUCGAUUAUUCAUCGUCCUGUUGCAUCGGUGCGUCCUAUGCAGGCAGGAGAUGCGAACAAAACGAAUGUAGCUGGAGCACGGCCAACCCGUUGGAUACCGGCUGAAGUGUGGCAGCGUCAAGGCAUGACAGCGCAAGAGAUGACGCUUCCGAUUGAUGUUGUGAUUCCUACCAGCUCCGCGGACAAAUCCAACAUCGUAUUAAAGGCAGGCCAGAAAGUGAUGGUGCUCAAGUCACCCAAGGGUAUCUAUAUGCAGCUAGAAAGUGGUAAAAUUAUUGCCAUUCGAACGGCAUUCAAAGUGGGUCAAAGUAAGGACACGCCACCAGCGAAGGGAGGCAUUAUUACUACCACGCCAUCCUCAGCAACUGGCCGUCGAACAUCGAACCUGUCAUUCAGCACGACGAAAGCAACUUCUUCACUGCUCGUGUCGAAAAAUGGUGCCGGUGCUAGUGGUGUUAGUGCGGGCGAUUUUUCGGAAGGAAAUUCAUUAAGCAUCGCGUCCAACUCGGACGAUGACGAAAAGUCCGACUCGAGCAUUCUUCCACUCACGAUCAACGAUGAUGGUGACAGCGAAAAGGAAACGAUGAGUGUCGAUGAUUAUCCGGAUAAACCCGGUACCAAGAAAGACCCCGAUGUGGAGCAUAUCGUGAGUGACCGGACGACCGACACGAUGAUGAGUAGCACGAGCAGCACGAGCAAUAGCAGUGGAAUGACUGUCCCAACAACGACACCAUCAACUACAUCCUCCUUUACGAAUGCAUCACCUGCUAAAAGUGAAUCAAUCGAUAAGUUCCCGAUGAUCCAGUCGGCGUACUCGCUAGCCACUCAACCACCGACUCAUGCUUCGUCGCAUCGUUCCGGAUCGGGUGGAUUGUCGCUACAUGUUUCACCAUCGCCGGCAGUUCAGCCAACAGCUACCGUCACCAUCGAUGACGAUUCUCCGCCGAUGAGGGAAAAGAUGACCUACAAGCCAAAUCUGGUCGAACGCAAAACGAAAGCAUCACCUUCCUCUCUCAAGAACUAUCGCCAUAAGGCAAGUAAAGUUCAGGAAAUUAAUACGACAAACACGACGGUCGCUACGGCAAUAUCUGCGAGCAGUGCGGUGGUUGUAUCGACUACGAAUGCUACUACUACAACGGUGGCAAGUAAUGCGAGUGUUUCGAGUAUAAAUCAUGGCGUUGUGGCUUCUAAGGUGAAUGAGGUAGCACACACCAACCCGGCGACUGAUGCUCCGACUGCUGGAAUGUACAAUAUGGCGCCCAAUGCGAACACGCACAACAACCUGUACCAUCCGGGUAUGAUGAUGAACAAUGAUAAGAUGUCAGCUAGUCAUACUGCUGGUGGUAAUGCAUCGGGAAUUACUGAUGUGUACGGGCAUGGAACUGCAUCAGUAUCAGGAUACUCAGCUACAUCUCAUAUGGCUCAUCCAGGGAAAAAGAUACCCAUUACAAGUACUACUACUCCUUCGUCAACUACAGACACAUUGACGACGAGUUCCCAUCAGUAUCCGGGAGGCCAUCAGACGAUACUGGCCGGUCCACCAGCAAGCUACGGAGGACACACGACUACACCAGCGACAGGUUCGUUGGUGGGAAAAAAUCAAGGUCAACAGUCGGCUGUGACUUCUCCCUCCGCUUACAACAACAGCUCAGUUGGAACUAGUAGUAAGCAACAUGCUUCGUGGAUGCCUUACGGUUCAUCUACCGGAAGCACUGGAGCUUCAUCCACAGGAAACACAUUAACAUCUACAGCUUAUGGCCAAAUACCACAACAGCAUCAGCAACAGCAACAACAUAUGCAUCCACAUGGCAAUUUUUCACAACAGCAGCAGCAACCACCGCAACAUCAUUAUCAACCGAUGGGUGGCCAAAUGCAGCACCGAUUGCCCCACCAACCAACCCUUCCUCAUCAUAUGGGCUUGCAUCAACAUCAAGCCACUGUUGGCGGUGUACAACCGCCUCCACCAGCACCACAAUACGAAUCUAGCUUAAAUUUCCUGGAGAAAACAACUUCUGCGCUCAUUAACAACCAAAAUCAAAGCGAAUUUCAAGCUUCCCUAAGUAACAUCACCCGUUCACCAACACCCACCGAUGGGUACAUCGAUUACAAUCCGAAACCGACCGCACCAUCAACGAAGAAGGGUGCCGGUAGCAAAGCCAAAACACCCAAAGCACCCAAAAACGAUUACAAUGCCGCUAAGAAGGCACUCAACAAACGCAACAACCCAUCACCUUAUACACACAUCUCGUCCUCCUCCGCGUCGUCCUCGCCGUCCGCAUCACCGGCAGUGAUGAACCACACACAAAAUACCACGACCACUGUUCCGUCGGCUUCGUCAGCUGCCGCUGUCUCGAGUGCUUAUCAUCAUGGCUAUCAUGCGGGUACUGGUGGCGCUGGUGCAACUGUUGGAACAUCGCCUGCAAUGGGUUCGGUUGCUUCUCCUGCUGCAACAACGGGUGUGAAUCAACAUGCUGCUGGUUUGUACUACGAUCAGUACGGUCAACCGAUCACUCAGCACCAUCAGCAGCUGCACCAGCCGGCGGGAGGAUACGGUACGAACAGUGGCAUGAUGGGAACACCACCGACCAGUACGAGCAGUACGAACAACAACGGUCAUGUGCUGGCAUCACAACAACCGUCAACCGUGGGCGGUGGCUAUGGAAAUGUGCUACCUCCCGUGUCGUCUUUUGCUGGUCCUUCAUACACAUCAACCAGCAACAGCACAACAUCAACAGCCACCGUACGAUCCAACUAUUAUCAACCAACCGGCACCGCAGAAGGUGGCAGCAUUCCCACAGGAAUCAGUUCUACUCCACAGCCACCAACAAUGCAUGCAGCAACGGAUACGUCGACAACCGGCUAUUCGCAUCACCCGCCACAGGGCGCUCAGUCACAUCAUCGGCCCGCUUCACCGCCACAAACUGUUGCGCCACAUUACUCGCAAUCUCAGGCAACACCACCCGGCUUAACGUCUUCCAGGGGCGGUAGUGCCAGAGGAUCAUCAAGCGCCUCACAGCAACAGCAACAACAACAACAGCAUCUUCCGCAUCAUAUGCAACAACCUCAACAACAUGCACAACAUCAUAUGCAAUAUGCCGCACAGCAAACAACUCCGGCACCAGCAGUACAGCCCGACUAUUCGAUGCACACUCAGUCGGUGCCUCCGUACAGCUCAAUGGGAGGAACCGCACCGUCAAAUGCGGACGUAGGAACCGCUUCCACGGACACGGCAGCCACCGGUGUUUACCAUCAACAACAAACACAGCAGCAUCAUCCGUCCCAUCAGCAACCCCUGCAACACCAGCAACAGCAGCAGCUUCAUCACUCUACGUCCGUUUCCUCCGCCCCAGGCUCCUUCAUUCCUUACUCGUCAACUCCUUCGUCUUCCGUCGGAUACAGUGCUGUCCCUUCGGUUGCCGUCGCAAGUCAAAAUGCUACCACAACAACCAACACGGUGGCAUCGGUCGCUUCAUCGAGUAGCGCCACCAACGGAUCUGCUUUCCAUCGUCCGGAGAGUGCGAUGACAAUGGGCACUGUACCGGCGCCCUCUUCUGCUACUAUCGUUCCACCCGUCUCGUCAUACGACACACCGCCGACGUACAUUCCGGAUACGAACGCACCAACCACGGCCUACCAUCAGUACCAUCACGCACCGUAUCAAUCGUCUCAGUAUCAUCAUCCACACCAAGCGCAGGGCUACUAUCCUCCACCGCAUCCGCCACCACCAUCGGCAUACUCUUACUAUUCAACGUCGGCAGGACCGUACGGAGUGGCGCAACCUCCCGGAGCACCAGCACCACCAGCACCCGCUGGUCCCGGAAUGGGUCCAACGGAUUCGCAAUACCACACAUACCCACCACCGCCACCGGUGUCUGGUGCGGGCCCAACGACGACCAGCAACUACAACUAUUCACCGUAUCCAAGCCAACCGGGCGUUGGCCAAUGGCAAUAAGAGCAUAGAUUGGGAAGAU